AUGGAUACCCAAUUCAACAAUCGGGUCAUCACCCGAAUUCGAUAUUAUAUUGCUGCGGAGGAAGAAGCGUGUGUGGCGGUGGCAGAUAAUGCAAGUGUGCCCCAGGCUUUUGUGAUGGGCGAUGGAAGCGGAGUAGGUCACCAAGUGUGCGGGGGUGGUGGCGGAAGAGGGUCGGAUGAUGGGUUGGGUUCCGGUUCACAAGAUCCGAAUAGCUGGAAAGGGAUUGAGAGUGCAUAUUCUUAUUAUCAAAAAAUGAUUGAAGCAAAUCCUAGCAAUACUCUCUUUUUAGCAAAUUAUGCCAAGUUCUUGAAAGAGGUUAAAGGAAAUUUUGCAAAAGCAGAAGAGUAUUAUGGCAUGGCAAUUUUGGCUGAUCCAACCUCAUAUGCUAGUUUUUUGUGGGAUGCUGAAGAAGUAGAGGAGGUUGAAAACCGAUAUGAAAUUGACGAAAUUGAUUCUCAUCCCAAGUUCUUCCAAGAGGCAUCUCGUUUGCCUCCCCUAGCUGCAGCUUCUUAA